CAGAAUUUUACACUUUUUUAUCCAUUCUACACUUUUCGGUCCAUAAAUAAAAACGAAUAUACAUUUCCUGGAAACACUCGCACUUAACCUAAUCCGUCAUUCCCUCACAAAGGCGGUGCGUAGAGAAGGACCUUUGAAUAAUCUAAUUCUCACGCUCAAACCAGUUACGCGAACAGGGAAAGACGUCUUCGAGCGGAGCUACUCUAAUGGCCGAUAUCGUGUUCAAGGUCUCCCCCCAUGGCAGAGCAGUGUUCCACAAACUGGAAUCCGGAAUGGGGACUCCCGAGUCUACCGAACGAGGGACGAAUUCGGUUUCCGACAGCGACGAGUCGACUUGGAGGACUCUUGUGCUUCCCGCAAAGUAUGAACGCUUUAAACGCGUGUUAGAGGGUCGGACGCUAACUGAUGUUUUGACACAAGACGCUCUGGAGAAAAUGCUGAAGAGGUGGUCCGAAAAAAGACGAAGAUAUCGAGAUUGGCUUUUGAGCAGGCGCCCAGGCGCUGUGCAUCCUGUUAAACUUGAAGGACUCAAAGCUAAGGAUGCUAAAGAAUAUGAUACCAUCCUCUCUAUGUGCAAUUGGGUUGUUGAUGAGCACCAUAAAUACCGUCCUGAAAAGUGUUGCGAGUUUGCCAGCGUGGAGAGGGUGAGGCGCCAAUUUGUUGAAAAUGGUCAUUCGUAUUACCUUGAUUUUUUUGUCAAAGAUCUGGAGGCAGAUGGCAAUCCUUUAGUACCUGUUAAGGCCAUCGUUUAUCGGAGAGUGCCUGAUCCUUUCAAAUUAAGCCAAUGUCAUGGGCUGAAAGCCUACAAUAAGUAUACAGGUAGUACCUCUCCAUGAGGGUGUUGGGAACAUCUACUUCUGCGAGUGUGCAUUUGGGGUUUUGCUCUAAAUCCAAAAGUAAUAAAAAUGUUGAAGGAAAUUCUAUGUAGCGUGCUAUCGUAUAUAUACAAUAUGUAUUGGGGUCAUUUUUAUAUAAACGAUGUAUUUUGGGCCUCUUGGCCUGUACUUGUAACCCUAUUCUCUCUAUCAUCUCUUUUCUCUCGCCCUAGAAUGUGUCGGCCGCCUUUGUCUUCUUCAGUCAACCGGCACCGCAGAUUACCACACCAGCAUCGUCGUUAACAUGGCCACCAACCGUGCUGGCUGCCUGGCCGGGUCCACGGAACUCUUGGAACUCCGUUAGCCGUCAUCUACAGGUAUGCCGCUCACCUCCCCACCGCAACUCCCUUGCGGCCUUGCCUGCCAACAAGGCUAUCCACGUCUAUUGUUGAAGCACGUAACAGUCGGAGAGCAGAAACGUGUGCUGCAUGACCUGCAUCAAAGGGCACUAUAUCCAGACCUGAAUGUGCAAUUCAUUCUUUCAAGCCUAGAACCUACUCCGAUCCAUCUACCAGCCAUUCUAGCUAGGGGUGGGAUCGGUCCGGGUCGGAUUUUUGUUAAACCCGGAAAUUACCCGUAAGGUCUCGGGUUAUGAAAAUUUAAGGACCGGAAAAAAGCCCACUAUAUUCGGUCCGAGUCAGUUUUUUUGCAGCCCGGGUUCGGUCCGGGUUCGGGUUGGGUCGGUUAAAGCCCGAAUGUGAAAUCAUCUCAUUUUUCUUUUAUAUUUUAAAAUUUAUUUUCAAAUAAAAUUAAUCAAAAGUACAAACCGCAAAUAAUAACACAAAAAUUAGUCUCCAAAAUCACCAAGAAUUCAAAUCCAAAGAAGAUGAUCAUCAUGAUAUUUCGUUUAAGAUGCAUAAAAAUAAAUAAUAUAGGUUUUCUAAAAAUGUCACGAAAUAAAAUUUAUGGAUAAAAAUGUAACUAAGUUAUUAUAAAUAUGUUUUCAUAGUCAUUAUGGUAAAUAAAUUGAAUAUAUUUGUAGUAAGUUAGUAACUAGGGAUGGACUCGGGUCGGGCCAACCGGCCCGGAACCGGACCGGCCCGCUACUGUGCGGGCCCGGACCGGCCUAGGGAUGGACCCGGGCCGGGCCGGUUCCGGUUCCGGGCCGGGCCCGGGCGGGCUUUUUUUCGGGUUACAUGGGCCCGGAACCGGCCCGGGUUGAUACCGGGUCCGGGCCUAACCG